AUGGAUGACGGUCUUCAAAAUGGACCUGGACAGCACAGGAAUACACAAGAUGACGAGGAGGCGCUGAACUCCAUCAUGAAGGACUUGGCUGCUUUGGGCCGCUACUCCAGUCAGCACAGCAUCCACAAGCCCAAAAGCAGAACGCUGCUUUACAAACAGGAUUUAAGAGUCAAGCUGGAGCAUGAGAGAGAAAAACGAAUCAUCCCGUUCCAAAGGCCGCUGAAGAUCAAGGAGCUGCUGCAGAAAGUGACUGAGGCCUUCGGCCAGCAGAUGGACAUGUUCUUCAUGGAGAAGGAGCUACUGCUGCCCCUGAAGACCCAGGAGGACCUGGAUCAGGCCAUGUUGAGUCUGAGCUGCACUUCUGGAAUUAAUGGGCUGCUUAGGAUACUGCUUAAGACUCCCAAAAACAACCAUUAUCUACAGGUGAACAGCAGGGACAAACAGAGCGAGAUGAAGUCAUCACGGUCGUUGGGAGACUUGAAGGGUUCGUUGUUCAAAGGCUCAGAGAGGGUGCGCAAACACUCGACAGGUUCCCUCCACACGGGUCGGACAUCUCCUCCUCCCGGCAGCGUCCCAGAGGAGCAGCAGCAGAUCGCCCGUCAGGGCUCCUACACCAGCAUCCACAGUGAGGGGGAGUUCAUCCCAGAGGCCCCAGACCAGAAUAUGCUGGAUCCCUUCGGGAGUGCUGACAACUCACUGUCAAGCAGCUGUCAAUCAAUAGAUCAAGCACUGGACAGCCCUCCUUUCUCACAGAACAACCGGGACAAUAAUUACCUGAACCUCAACUAUGAAUACAAAGGCCGACAUGGGAAAGGAGGGACUUUCCCACGCCAGUUCCAGCUGCCCAAUCGCAGCAAGGAUUAUGGAGAUCGUCGUAGGACACUCCCUCGCAGCUUCAUGCCACAGGAAAACCUUUUUCAGCUGGUUCCCUCCAGUCGCACACGCAGUUACAACGGCGACAGCACGCUGCCGUUCUGCGACCUGCGCUCGCUGGGUCGCACCACAGACAAAAGCUGCCAGCGUGGCACAGCCAAAUCACCGCGGGCGCCAGUCAACUGGCGACAGGGAAAGCUCCUGGGGCGAGGGGCGUUCGGGGAGGUCUACCUCUGCUACGAUGCCGACACGGGCCGCGAGCUGGCCGCCAAGCAGGUGCCCUUUGACCCCGACUGUCAGGAGACGAGCAAGGAGGUGAAUGCUCUGGAGUGUGAGAUUCAGCUGCUGAAGAAUCUGAGACACGACAGGAUUGUUCAGUACUACGGCUGUCUUCGGGACCUUGACCAGAGAAAGCUCACCAUUUUUGUUGAGUUCAUGCCUGGGGGCUCAAUAAAGGACCAACUCAAGGCCUACGGGGCUCUGACCGAGAAGGUGACGAGAAGAUACACCAGGCAGAUCCUUCAGGGAGUCUCCUACCUGCACAGCAACAUGAUUGUACACAGAGACAUCAAAGGUGCUAACAUCCUCAGAGACUCCUCAGGAAACGUGAAGCUCGGAGACUUCGGGGCCAGCAAACGCAUCCAGACCAUCUGCAUGUCUGGAACAGGAAUCAAGUCUGUCACUGGCACCCCCUACUGGAUGAGCCCUGAAGUCAUUAACGGAGAGGGAUACGGCCGCAAAGCUGAUGUGUGGAGUGUCGCCUGUACUGUCGUCGAGAUGUUGACCCAGAAACCUCCGUGGGCAGAGUAUGAGGCCAUGGCGGCCAUUUUUAAGAUCGCCACCCAGCCCACGAAGCCCAUGCUCCCAGAGAGCGUGUCCGACACGUGCAGAGACUUCCUGCGGAAGGUGUUUGUCGAGGAGAAGUGGCGGCCCACGGCAGACAUUUUACUCAGCCACCCGUUUGUCCAGGGGAGCUUCUGAAACCUGUGGACUCCUGCCCUCGUCCCCUCCCCCUGCCUGUGAGGCCUCCGUUGUGACUCCGCCUCGCCCCAGAGCCAGGACUCAGCAACACUCCACCUCCCCAACCUGUCUUCGCUCAGCAGUGUUCGCCUCGUCAGGAAUUGUUUUUAUUUUCAUCUCUCACCGACCUAGACCGUUUCCUGAGAGGCCAGGUCAGAACUCCAGAGCUGUCCCUGUUGUUCCGUCAGGAGGAGGCUGACAGGAAGGCGCUUAGCAGCCGCACAAGCUGCUGUCAUUUGACAAGAAAAAAGGAGCCAAAGUUGAAGCGAAGCCUUUCACUGUCACAGAGCAGCGUCUUCAGAACGAGCAGACCAGGGACGUUGGUCACCUCGGACACUCAUGGAUGCCGCUCAUGAGUCUGAAAUAGCUGCGAGCGAAAAUGAAAACAGAAGCAUAUUUUUAUACGACACACAUCUUAGCAGAUGAUUUCU